AAGUCUGGAAACGAACGAAAAUGGAAGAUGUAGUUUAAUCACUGUUCCAGAGAUUCGCUACGAACGAGAGGAUUAUCGCUUUCGUAAAAUGAAACGAAACCAAGGAGGAGAUCCUAUUCUUUCGAUAGAAAGUUCCGUCUGAACUGAACGAUUACGAUUAGAGCGUGACACAAUAGUUGGAUCAACAAGAUUAUCAGUUCGGAAAAUAUCUUCGCGUUUCAAUUUCCACUUCAAAUAUUGUGAUACGUAUAUAUAUAUUUUACAUUCUGAUCAUCGUUUAACUGUAGAAAGCCCGAAUUUAAAUAAAAUAAAAGUUGGUAUUUCCUUUUAUUGUAAAUAUCUUUCUUAUUUAAAAUUAAAUUUAUCUAUAUAUUUCGUUUAAAAUUCUCGGUAUCUUAUCUCUUAUCUUUUAAAGCUGAUAUAUAUUGUAUAUAAGCGUGAUUAUCAGUUUCGCUGUGAGUUUCAUCCGACUGUGACUACAUCCGACGACGAAAAACUGAUUGAAAAAAAAAAAAAAAAUGAACAAAAUAACUCAAAUUACGCAGAAUAUACUUUUAGGAAGAUCGAGUAUAAACGUCGAAGCAAUAUGCUCGUCUCUUAACGGUGUAGAAUCGUUUAAAAAGGAAGAAUACGACGAAGUGGACAGUGUGAUAAUCGGUAAUAAACUGAAACAGAAAAAGACAAAAUACGUGGAUCCACAUAUAGAGGUGUAUAAGAUGAAUCACAAACGAAGAGGUAAAGCGUUAAUUUUCAAUAACGUAAAGAUAUAUCAAGGAAGAAAUAAUGCGGAGGAAUGUUCAAGGAAUCUGUCGCAAACGUUACAGAUGAUGGGCUUCGACGUGGAACUUAUCGUCAACGCAACGUUACAAGUGUUAAUAGAAAAAUUGAAGGAUGUUGCUUCCCAGGAUCAUACGAACAACGACUGUCUGGCCGUAGCCGUUUUGUCCACCGGAACAUCGGGUUACCUGAAAGCAGAUAAUAUGUUUUAUCCAGCCCAAAUGCUCUGGAUGCCUUUUCUGUCCGAUUCUUGUCCAGGCUUGAUCGACAAGCCAAAGAUAUUCUUCCUCCAGACUUACUAUGAUUCAUCGUACAACGGAAUACACGGUCUUGACCAAUCCAUCAAUUUCUCUUUCUCCGACAUUAUGGUCAUACACUUAUUUUAUAAUUCUUCUUGGCAAAAUACAAGUUCUUGUUUAAUGAAUAAAAUUACCCAAGAGUUGAACGAACAUUGGAGGACCCAUGAUCUACUCAGAAUGAUGACUUCCAUCGUGAGGCACGUAGUUAAUUACAAUCGGACAUUUAGCAAGGAAAAUAAACUCCAAGCCCCAACUAUAGUCUCUACGUUAACGCGAUUGGUAUAUUUCGAUAAAACGAAAUAUUUGGUUGAAUUGUCGAAAAAUGAAAGGACAGAUUCCGAUCCUUUGGAUUAAUUUGUUAAUUGUCCAUUUAUCAUUGUUAUUGUAAAUAACGAUCAUGACAAAGAAAACACAUAUUUUAAUCGCAUUUUUGUCAAUGUUUUUUAAUUUUUUGCUUUUUCUUCAAAGCAUGAAAUUUAAUAUUUCGAAA